CAACCCUCUCCUCCAAGCAAACCAGAACUCACAUUUCUUGUUUAUUACAACUCUCUUGUAAGAAUUCUUUUUUUUCUGUUGUCAUAACCAUGGUGCUAUCUAAAAUCGCUUCAGAGUCUGACGUUUCCGUUCACUCCACCUUCGCCUCUCGCUAUGUCCGGGAGUCACUUCCAAGGUAUAAGAUGCCGGAAAACUCUAUACCUAAGGAGGCGGCGUUUCAGAUAAUAAAUGAUGAGCUGAUGCUUGAUGGAAAGCCAAGGCUGAAUUUGGCAUCUUUUGUGACGACCUGGAUGGAGCCUGAAUGUGAUAAGCUUAUUAUGGAUGCCAUGAACAAGAACUAUGUUGACAUGGAUGAGUACCCUGUCACCACGGAGCUUCAGAAUCGAUGUGUAAACAUGAUAGCACAUUUAUUCAAUGCUCCAUUGGGAGAAUCGGAGGCGGCAGUCGGGGUCGGAACAGUAGGUUCAUCGGAGGCUAUAAUGCUAGCAGGGCUUGCAUUCAAGAGAAAAUGGCAAAACAAGAGAAAAGCUGAAGGAAAACCAUAUGACAAGCCCAACAUUGUAACUGGAGCCAAUGUUCAAGUCUGCUGGGAGAAAUUUGCAAGGUAUUUUGAAGUAGAAUUAAAGGAAGUAAAGCUAAGUGAAGGGUGCUAUGUAAUGGACCCAGUCAAGGCAGUAGAAAUGGUAGAUGAGAACACUAUUUGUGUAGCUGCAAUUUUGGGUUCUACACUUAAUGGAGAAUUUGAAGAUGUGAAGCUAUUGAAUGAUUUAUUAGUAGAGAAAAAUAAAGUUACAGGAUGGGAUACUCCUAUCCAUGUGGAUGCAGCCAGUGGGGGAUUCAUUGCACCAUUUUUGUGGCCAGAGCUUGAAUGGGACUUUAGACUUCCAUUGGUGAAGAGUAUUAAUGUUAGUGGACACAAAUAUGGGCUUGUCUAUGCUGGUGUUGGGUGGGUUAUUUGGAGGAGCAAAGAAGAUUUGCCUGAAGAACUCAUUUUUCAUAUUAACUAUCUUGGAACUGAUCAACCCACUUUCACUCUCAAUUUUUCGAAAGGUUCAAGCCAAAUCAUUGCUCAAUAUUAUCAACUAAUCCGUCUCGGCUACGAGGGAUACCGAAAUGUGAUGGAGAACUGCCACCAGAAUGCAAUAGUCCUGAAAGAGGGACUAGAAAAAACAGGACGGUUCAACAUAGUGUCAAAGGACAUUGGAGUUCCUCUAGUGGCAUUUUCACUCAAGGACAAUAGCAAACACACUGAGUUUGAAAUAGCUGAUAUGCUACGUCGUUUUGGAUGGAUUGUGCCUGCCUACACAAUGCCAGCGGAUGCUCAACACAUUACGGUGCUUCGCGUCGUCAUUAGAGAAGAUUUCUCGCGCACUCUCGCGGAGCGCCUUGUGCUUGAUAUCACGAAAGUGCUUCUUGAACUGGACAUGCUACCCGCCAAGAUUAACGCGAAAUUGAUUGUCGCUGCUGAGCAGAAUAAUGGGAAGAACGGGACGGUGGUGGUGAAGAAAACCGCCAUUGAGACUCAGAGGGAAAUUACUACUUACUGGAAAAAUUUUGUUAUGGCCAAGAAAUCUAACAAGAACACUAUUUGCUAAGGGUUUCUAGUUUACUGUCCCAAGGCGUCAUCCGAAGUACUUUUUCUUUUCCUCCUAUUCUUUUGAAUUUUUUUAAAUUUUGUUUUAUUUUUGAUAUAAAUGUGAUAAUGAGUCUUGUUUGUAACUUUCUGCACUAAUUUUAAUUAAAUGGAAUCCUACAAAUACUUGGUAUUUUUAUAUUUA